AUGGAUGAAACAGUGCGUAAAUCAGACAAUGUUUGUCGUCUAUGCUUAAGUCAAGAUAAAAAGCAUCUUAUUCCUGCUUCAGUAUUAAUAAACGCUUCGUUUUCGAUCCAAGACGUAGAACGGUUUACCGGCAUUCAGAUACAACAAGAUGAAAGUGUUCCGAUUGCGAUUUGUACUGAUUGUGGCGAGAAGAUAGAAAAUUCUGUCGCCUUUCGUAAGCUUUGUGCACAUAAUGAUGCUCUUUUUCGACAACUGUUUGGUUUGAUGGUUGAAAUCACCCCACAAGAUGAUCGAUGUUCUGUUACUUUAUCAAUGCAAGCGGUAAUAGAUCAUGUCGAGGAACUCAGUAUGGAAUCAAACUGCACAGAAAUAUUGCACAACACGGAUACUGAGGAGAAUGGUGAUGAAACCGAAGAAGCGUUCAACCAAACAUUGAACUAUUCAUCACUGGAAUUGAACCCGGAUCGAAUGGUGGUUGAGCUUGAUGGGCAAGUAGAUUGUGCGGAAGAUUCGGAAAAACAAUCAAACGGGCCGGAAACAAGCAAUCCGGUAAAUCCUCUGUCUUGCCCUCCAGACGGACGACGGAGUAGCAGUCAACAUCACAUCAGAAAUGUACAUUUGAAGAACACAUCCAAAACGUGUUCCAUGUGUGGGGAGACAUUCUCUUCCUACUACGCCUACAAGUAUCAUAAGGCUUCCCAGUACGGGAAUCGCGAGUACGCAGCGGAAUGUGGUAUUUGUUCAAAAAAGUUUUGCAAUGUUACCACUUACAACGCGCAUUACGGACGAUACCAUGCUACUGCGGAUGAGAAAAAUCAUCCCAAAAUGAGGAAGAAGCAACUGUGCGGUAUUUGCGGCAUGAUGGUAACGCAACUUUCUACCCACAGUUUAACCCACAGUCAGGAGAGACAUUUGGCAUGCCCGCACUGUCCAAUUAAAAUGGCAGAUAAAGGAAAUCUAUCACGCCACAUCCAAGCAGUGCAUUUGAAAAAGGUUGUGAGAACUUGUGAAAUGUGUGGGAAAGAGUUCUUGCAUGUAAAUCUGUACAAAUACCAUAUGCUUUCGGUGCACGGAGUUGGGAAAACGUUUGAUUGUGACAUAUGUUUGAAGAAGUUUAAAACACUUGCCGUACUGAAAUUUCAUAAAGUCUCUCUCCAUAGUAAUGAGAAAAGAUUCGAGUGCGGCAUUUGCGGGAUGAUGUUUAAAGUGAAACACACACUACGGACGCACGAAAAACGUGUACAUUCCGUUGAGAAACCGUUUGUCUGCAGCCAGUGCCCUAAGCGCUUCAAAAGUCCGUAUGGUAAGAAAUCUCACGAGCUCACACACAGUGGAAUAGUUUUUUCUUGCACGUUUUGCGAGAAAGCAUAUCGGUACAAAUCGUUGCUGCAGGCGCACACGAGGAAGCAGCACUCAAAAAUGGUAGAGAUAAAUAGGAAAAGUUGAAGGCCUAUGUUACAUGGAUGGUUUCCACUACUAUAAGGCUAUUGUAUUGUGAAAAAACAUCAAUUUCACAGCACAAAACCAUGAAUAACACAUUACACUAGAUAAAAAUGAAUCAAAUAUCAAAAUUUCGAAAUCGUUCGAUUUGUUUGUGUUCUAUAAAAACCUUGUUACUAGACAAUACCUUGGUGUAAUAACCUCAUUCGAG